AUGAUUGGACUGGAUGAAAAGAGCCAGAUUCUGACCACGAAUGCAGAAUUAGUGCUGGAAUGGGAUGAUUAUUUUCUGCAAUGGGACCCUGCUAAUUUCUCAAACAUAAAGUCCACAAGAUUGGACCCAUCUAGAUUAUGGUUCCCAGACAUAAUUCUUUACAACAGUGCAUCCACAGAUUACAGGGCUGGACUUGUUUCCACUUACCUCAUGGUCACUUAUACUGGAAGAGUUAAAUAUUUAGUGGAGGGCAUUUUUCAGUCUGUUUGCAACCUAGAUGUAUCUUAUUUCCCCUUUGAUGAACAGAUUUGCACUUUGAAAUUCUCUCCUUGGACUAUGGACAAGAGUGCUGUUAGGAUGAACGCUAGCUUGCCUGAAAAUGGCCUCAAGAGAUAUGUUGCAGUUGGAAAGUUCAAAAUGAUUUCUUUGGAGCCCAAGAAGAGUACCACUGAAGAUCCAUGUUGCAUUGGAACAAAUUUUGACGAUGUCACCUAUUACAUGAAAUUCCAAAGAAGACCCACAUACUACAUCAUCAACUACAUAUUUCCAAGUGUCCUGAUCAAUAUGAUUGGUAUCAUGAUUUUCUAUGUCCCCUGUGGAUCUGGGGAGAAAAUCAGCCUGGGAAUCAGUGCUAUGUUGACCCUGGUUGUGUUUCUGAUGGCCAUGACUGAUGCAUUACCACCUGCUGACACAAUUCCUCUCCUUACAAACCAACUUUUGGAGAGGGCUGACAAGGCUCUUGCAAUGAUGGAAGUGAGCCAGCAGCAACACAAGGAUGCUGAUUAUAAGAAUGUCUUGACACUGGAAUACCUGGAGUUGGCAAGGAUCUAUGACAGAUUUUUUCUGGUUCUUUACUCUAUUUUAACUGUGACAGCAAGUUUUGGAACACUUCUCUCUUCUCCUUAUGCCAGCUCUGUUGGAAUUUAA